UCAAAAGGAAACCCUCACCGAUCUCUUCGCUACACUUCACACUCUUUACACUUCCAGUGGUGAAGAGGACAAAGAAAUUCAAUUCUGGAAGUAGCAGUGAACUAGGGUUUCGACGCGGCCAUGGAAGAGGAGAAGGUGGAAACCCCGUCGCCAGCGCCGAGAGGCAACAAUGGCAGUGAUCAAUGUUCGGCGAGUGUAAGCCCUAGAGCGCGCAUUGUCUCCGUUGCCUCCAACAUUGCCUCGCAGCCUCUUCACAACUCUGAUCCUCGCGUUUGGGGCGUUCUCACUGCCAUCUCCAACUAUGCCCGCAAAAGGCACCAGGGAAUUAACAUUAUAUUAAGUGCUGAUGAACACUGCUUUGGGCGAUUGGUAGAGGAUGUGCGUUUCCAGAUUGAUUCCAAUUCUGUUAGUGCAAAUCAUUGCCGAAUAUACAGGAUGAAGGUUACUAAUGAAAAUAUGGAGAAUGCCACAUCGGUACUCUUGAAAGAUACAAGCACAAAUGGAACUUACCUAAACUGGGAGAAAUUGAAAAAGAAUGGUGCUGCGGUGAAAGUCUGCCAUGGUGAUGUUAUAUCAUUUGCCGCUCCUCCGCAGCAUGAUCUGGCAUUUGCUUUUGUAUAUCGAGAUGUGCUUGUGUCUAGCCCCAUGCCAGAUAAUGCAGUUGUUAAACGAAAAGCAGAGGAUUUUAUUUCUGAAAACAAGAGAUUGAAAGGUUUAGGCAUCGGUGCUCCAGAGGGUCCGAUAUCUCUAGAUGAUUUUCGAAGCCUUCAAAGAUCAAACACGGAAUUGAGAAAGCAAUUGGAGAAUCAGGUGGUUACAAUUGAUACUUUGCGUAGUGACAACCGUGCUGCUGUUGAACGUCAUGAAAGCGAAUUAAAAUCGGUCAAAGAAUCAGUUGCAAAAUGUUACCUUGACCAAUUAAAAGAAUUACAGCAAACAGUGGAUCUCAAACAGAAGGAAUUGGGGGAUCUCAGCAAAGCAUCUGCUGAACAAAGACAUGCCCUGGAAGACCUUAAUGAAAGGCUUAGUGCUUCUACACAGUCGUGUGCUGAAGCAAAUUCAAUAAUAUGUAGUCAAAAGGUAAACAUAGCUGAACUGAAAGAACAAUUAGAUGAUGAGCGGACUCAACGCAAAGAAGAGCGAGAAAAGGCUGCAGCUGAUCUAAAAGCUGCUGUUCAUAAAGCCCAGUCUGAGGCCGAAGAUGAAUUAAAACGACUCUCUGAUGCUGCCUUAAGAAGAGAAAGAGAGCUACAGGAAGCAAUAAAUAAGCUUCAGGAGUCAGAGAGAGAAAUGUCUUCGCUGGCUGAAACAUUGAGGUCCAAGCUGGAGGAUACCAGGCAAAAGUUGGUUGUAUCUGAUAAUAAAGUUCGCCAAUUGGAAACCCAAGUACAUGAAGAGAAACUAGCCACUGAAAAUGAAGUGAAGAAAGUAGAACUUGAACAACAGGAAACAAGAAGAUUAAGGAAAGAGCUUGAGAGCGAAAAGCAGGCAGCUCGAGAAGAGGCUUGGGCUAAAGUUUCUGUUCUUGAGCUGGAGAUAAAUGCUGCAAUGAGAGAUCUUGAUUUUGAAAGGCGGAGGUUAAAAGGUGCUAGGGAAAGACUAAUGCUUCGGGAAACACAGCUUCGAGCAUUUUAUUCCACUACUGAAGAGAUACAAAUUCUGUUUGCUAAGCAACAGGAACAAUUGAAAUCUAUGCAGAGAACUCUAGAAGAUGAAGAAAAUUAUGACAAUACUUCUGUAGAAAUGGAUGGAGUCAUUGGUGGAAUCUUGGGCAGAGAAAAAGAAGAUGAUGGAUACCAUAGUCACAAUGAUGCCAAGGCAGGGUCAUCUACUCCUGCACAAAAGGUCAACAUAGAUCAGGUUGAAACAUCAAGCAAUGAGGCAAGUGUCACUGAGAAGCAUGACUGUGAUAUAAGAAGUGAAGAAUGUCAAAAUACACAAGAGGCAGAAUUCACCAGCGCUGACUAUGGUUAUAAAAUUGAUGGUAUUGGCACAGGCAAUGUAUUGGAGAAAGAUGCUGCUGUAGGCACUGAAAAAGUUCUUGAAACUGAAAGUCCUAUAAACCAGGGUGAACAAAAUAUUGAUUUGAACAAGUGUUUAGGUGGGGACACAAUGCAAAUUGAUGAUGAUGAUAACAAUGUGCAAGAAACUGAGGAGCUUGCCCCUAUACCUUCUCGUGAAGGUUUGCAUCACCAUCAAUCAAAUAAUCCUUUAGACACUCAGAAGACCAUUGAGGAUACAGAAGUUGAAGGCACAAUCACAACAGCAGACCUUUUAACUUCUGAAGUCGCUGGUAGUUGGGCUUGCAGUACAGUCCCUUCCAUGCAUGAAGAAAAUGAAUCUCUAAGAAGCAGAGAUACUAAUGAAGGUUCAGGAGCAUUGCAUGAUUCAAAUGUCGUGGUGGCUGAGAGUCAGAAUACACUUUCUGAUGCUGCAGUUGCCAGACAAAAUGCACGACGAGAACUAAGUGAGAUGAUUGGCAUUGUUGCUCCUGAUUUGAGGGAGCAAUUUGGAGGUUCUGCAUACGAUUGUGACCAAGAGAGGAAGGACGGAGGCUGUUCAUCUGACUCGGAUACUGAGAGUUGUAGCAACACUAGCAUGGAUAACGUAGCGGAUGCAAAGGGUGGAUCGAUAUCUGAUGAUGAAACUCAGGUUAGUUACCAUGAUGAGGAGGAUCAAAAGCAGGGUGAUACCAUGGAUGAAGAUGAUGAAGCCACCCAAGAAGAUUGAUUUUCCUGCAUUGUUGGAGAUCGUACAUAGUUAUUCUGGUAUGUAAGUUGUAUAGAUACCCAAGGAAUCUCCUGUAUUUUUGCAAUUUCCCUAGCUCCCCACCUUUGUAAUUAUAUUAAGGCGUUUUUUUGCAUUUAAUUAAUGAAAAAUUAUUAAA